CGGGGGCGGGGCGCCGUGCCCGCGCAGGCGCGCCCCCGAGCCGCCGGGGGGGGAGGCAUGGACCCUCCGCUGCCGGUGGUGGUCGCGGUGGUGACGGUGGUGACGGUGGCGGUGGCGGUGGUGGUCUUGGGGCUGCUCCCCGGGGGUGUGCGCUGGCUGCCCCACGACGUGUGCUUCGCCGUGCGCGCCGCGCGGUGCCGGCGGGCCCUCGGGGCGCGGGCCGGGCGCGGGCCCGGGCCGGGGGAGCGCCUGGCGCGGCUGUCCCGGGAGCAGCCCGACCGCGCCUUCCUGCUGCACGGCGGGCGGGUCUACACCUACGGCCGGGCCGAGCGGGAGACCAACCGCGCGGCGCGCGCCUUCCUGCGCGGGGCCGCCAAGGGGGGAGGGGCGGAGGGGCCACCGCGGGGGGGGACCGAGACCGGGCCCGCGCCCGUGGCGCUGCUGCUGCCGUCCGGGCCCGAGUUCGUGUGGCUGUGGCUGGGGCUGGCCAAGGCCGGGCUGCCGGCCGCCUUUCUGCCCGGCGCCCUGCGCAGGGCCCCGCUGCUCCACUGCCUCCGAGCCUGCCGCCCGCGGGCCCUCGUCGUGGCGCCAGAGUUCCUGGAGAGCCUGGAGCCGGACCUGGCCGCCCUCCGGGCGUUGGGGCUGCAGCUGUGGUCGGCGGGCCCGGGCCCCGGCUCCUCCCCGCUGCCCGCCGGCUUCUCCGACCUGCUGGCGCAGAUGGAGGAGGAGGGGGAGGCCCCGCUGCCCGAGCACCUGUCGGCCCCCGCGGACAUGCUGGACGCCAGCCUCUACAUCUUCACCUCGGGCACCACCGGGCUCCCCAAAGCCGCCGUCGUCAGCCACCUCAAGGUGCUGCAGUGCCAGGGCUUCUACCGGCUGUGCGGAGCCACGCGGGACGACGUCGUCUACCUGGCCCUCCCUCUCUACCACAUGGCGGGCUCCCUGCUGGGCAUCGUGGGCUGCCUGGGCAUCGGGGCCACGGUGGUGCUGAAGACCAAAUUCUCGGCCGGCCAGUUCUGGGACGACUGCCGUGCCCACGGGGUCACCGUGUUCCAGUACAUCGGCGAGCUCUGCCGCUACCUCGUCAACCAGCCGCCGAGCCCCAGAGACCGUGCCCACAAGGUGCGGCUGGCGGUGGGCAGCGGCUUGCGGCCGGACGUGUGGGCGCGUUUCCUGCGGCGGUUCGGGCCUCUGCGGGUGCUGGAGACCUACGGGCUGACCGAGGGAAACGUGGCGCUCUUCAACUACACCGGCCGCCUGGGCGCCGUCGGCCGCGACUGCUGGCUGUACAAGCGAUUCUCCCCUUUCUCGCUGAUUCGCUACGACGUGGUGGCCGGCCGACCCCUGAGAGAUGCCCGGGGGCUCUGCGUGCCCGUGGCUGAUGGGGAGCCGGGGCUGCUGGUGGCCCCGGUGGGGCCGACGUCCCCGUUCCUGGGGUACGUCGGGGGCCCCGAGCUGGCGCGGGGGCGGCUGCUGUCGGACGUCCAGCGCCCGGGGGACCUCUUCUUCAACACCGGCGACCUGCUGUGCCGCGACGCUGACGGAUUCCUCACCUUCCACGACCGCACCGGGGACACCUUCCGCUGGAAGGGCGAGAACGUGGCGACCACAGAGGUGGCACUGAUGCUGGGAGCCUUGGACUUCCUGCAGGACGUGGGCGUCUACGGGGUCACCGUGCCAGGGCAGGAGGGGCGGGCGGGCAUGGCCGCCCUGGUCCCGCACCCAGACCACCAGCUGGACCUGGCCCGGCUGCACGCCCACGUCACCGAGAUGCUGCCGCCGUACGCCCGGCCCCGCUUCCUGCGCCUCCAGGCGAGCCUGCCCACCACGGAAACCUUCAAGCAGCAGAAAACCCGCCUGGCGGGAGAGGGCUUCGACCCGGGCGUCGUGUCGGACCCGCUGUUCGUCCUGGACCCGGAGGCCGGCGCCUACGUGCCCCUGACCCCGGCCCGCCACCGGGCCCUGCUGGACGGACGCUUCCGCCUCUGACCCUCGGCCGCCGGGCCGCGACGCCCGGCAGCUUUGUAAUAAACCGAGGCCGGAUCCUUGGUC